UGAGGAGCCGUGCGGUUUGUUUGAACUGUGGAGGGCGGGCGAGGGAGAGAUUUUUUCAGCGUCUCGAAUGUAUGGAUACAGAUGCAAUAAAAAAAGUUUUAAAAUAUAGACAGAUACAGGUAAUAGAAAACAUAAAUGAAAAACGCAAUAAUUAAUAUUGCUCGAGCGAUUUUUUUUUAUUAAUCGAAAGAGGUCUUGACAUUGCUGAAUAUACAAAUACGGUGCUUGUUGUUUAAACGGCGUUACACUGACAGGAAAUUUACGCUUCGAAAAAGUGUUUAUUCAAUCAUUGAAAUAUCAUUAUGAGUACCAUUUUAUGGGGUGAGUGUAGUAUUUAGUCUGACGGGGGGGUCAUUUUUAGUGCUCAUCCCGUGUGAGCUAACUGCUCUUCGGCCAGCUCUGUUUUCGUAGGCCUGCGUUUAUCUCAUAGCCUACGCGAACGACCGCCAUCGUGUUGCUACACCUACGAUGGCCCAUAAACAGAUUUAUUACUCGGACAAGUAUGACGACGAGCAGUAUGAAUACAGGCACGUCAUGCUGCCCAGGGAGAUCGCCCGCCUGGUGCCCAAGACCCACCUGAUGUCCGAGACGGAGUGGCGCAACCUGGGCGUCCAGCAGAGCCAGGGCUGGGUGCACUAUAUGAUCCACGAGCCGGGUCAGUACCAGCAGAACCAGGGCAGACCCCCUCCCCCCCGGCAGCUGCUGUCAGGCCUGAAGAGAGGGGAGAAAACUUCUUGGUGCUGUCCUCUCCUCACUUCGAUCUCGCAAGUUCAGCGAGCUUUAAUGGCAUGACCAAGGAGUUAGAGAGUUGCCAAAGCAGAGACUGAC